CUGACAACAUGUUCCGAGCGGUAGCUCCUGUGCAGCUCCGGCGGGCGGCCUCAUUAUUACGUUUUCAGAGUACGCUGGUAAUAGCUGAGCAUGCAAAUGAUGCUUUAGCACCUAUUACAUUAAACACCAUCACUGCAGCCAAACGUCUUGGAGGUGAAGUGUCUUGCUUGGUAGCUGGAACCAAAUGUGACAAGGUAGUACAAGACCUUUGCAAAGUGGCAGGUGUAACAAAAGUUCUGGUGGCCCAGCAUGAUGCCUACAAAGGCUUCCUUCCAGAGGAACUGACACCAUUGAUUUUGGCAACUCAGAAGCAGUUCAGUUACACACACAUCUGUGCCGGAGCAUCUGCAUUUGGAAAGAACCUUUUGCCCAGAGUAGCAGCCAAACUUGAUGUUGCCCCAGUCUCUGACAUCAUUGAGAUCAAGUCACCUGACACGUUUGUAAGAACCAUUUAUGCAGGAAACGCUUUGUGUACCGUGAAAUGUGAUGAGAAAGUGAAGGUGUUUUCUGUGCGUGGAACGUCUUUUGAAGCUGCAGAAACAAGUGGAGGUAGUGCUAAUUCAGAAAAGGCAUCAAGUUCUUCACCGGUGGGCAUAUCCGAAUGGCUUGACCAGAAAUUAACAAAGAGUGAUCGACCUGAGCUGACUGGUGCUAAAGUGGUGGUGUCUGGUGGUCGGGGUUUGAAGAGUGGAGAGAACUUUAAGUUGUUGUAUGACUUGGCAGAUCAACUCCAUGCUGCAGUUGGUGCUUCCCGUGCUGCUGUUGAUGCUGGCUUUGUUCCCAAUGAUAUGCAAGUUGGACAGACAGGAAAGAUUGUAGCACCAGAACUCUAUAUUGCCGUGGGAAUAUCUGGAGCAAUCCAGCAUUUAGCUGGGAUGAAGGACAGCAAGACCAUUGUAGCCAUUAACAAAGACCCAGAAGCUCCAAUUUUCCAAGUGGCAGAUUAUGGAAUAGUUGCAGAUCUAUUUAAGGUUGUUCCUGAAAUGACUGAGCUAUUGAAAAAGAAAUGAAUAAUGAUCAUGUCUUCAGAAGGAAAAUGAUGUCAGAGUGUUCAGCUGAAAUCAGAUAUUCAAGAAAAUUGUAACACUUGUUGGAAAGCUUGGAGAGCUAAUUUCAUAAAUUAAGAAAAAAAAUCUAAGCGAUACAGAAUGCCUUUUAUGGGACUGUUAUCCAUUUCUAAUUCUUUUUUUGGCACCAAGCAAUUAUAUUUUUGACAUUUUCUAAUUCUGUAAUAAAAUAUAUAAUAAAGCCUUUCCAGAAUUUUAAAACAAU